AGCAUCAAAUUACAUUCAGGAGACUACUUCCUGAUUACUUCCUGAUUAUCAGAAAAUCCUGGGUUCUGGGUGUGGUUCCAGAUCUCUUGAAUGAAUCAGUGGAUUCAUGCAUCAGAGAUGGUGGGCCUCCCAGCGAGAUGAAGAAAGACUGCAGUGGAAUCUGCACGUACAGAGACGCAAGUUUGUUAUUGAGAGUCGGGGAAGUAAGAAGAAACAUAUUUUUGCGACAGAACGCUCGAAGAUUGCCAAAUACCUAUGUAACCUCUGCUCUGCCCAGCAUAAGUUCAACAAUGAGAUGCACUCCAGACAGCUGAGCCACAGUCUGGCCUCAGAGGAGAGUAUAGUCCAGUAUGCUGCAGUGUGCCGUGCCCAGAACAGCCAGAGGAGGAGCGUCUCCAUCUCGGAGGCACCGCUGAACGACAGCCCACGACAGGCCACGCCCAAAAACAACUCCAUGACCAAGCUGUGUGACCACGUCGCUGCCAGGAUCGAGGCCCGCUUAAAAAAGGAGAAGGACCUUUACAAACAGAGUGCUGGGUGUCAGUUGGAAGGCCAGAACUCCACCGCCUGUUCCCCAAGGAGUAGCUCUGUGGCCCUCUCCUCCUCCUCUGCCUUAAGAGAUAGCCCAACCAAAGGUGCCAUAGCAGAAAGAGAAGUCAGAUCUGUGUCCUUAAAGAAAGACCCGAAGCUUGGCCUUGACAAAACUACACUAUGGAAUCCAGUGAAGAUGAGUUACACAAGAAGAUUUGUGAUAUUUCAUCUGGUUGCAAGAAAGAUCUAUGGCAUGUGUAGACAGAACUACAGAAUAUCAUCCACAACUGAGUGAAGAUAAGUGGAAGAAGCCAGAUGUUUGUCAGACAGAGAAAUAUGUGUUGUAUAGAUUGUACUGAUACUGUUAAUAGUACUUUUACAAUGCAGUAUUGUGAGGGAAAUAUUUGCAGCAUCAUCUAUACAUUUCACAGUAACAUAAA